CUAUUCUACAAGCUCUGAACCGUUUCUCCUUGAUCAAAUACCAAUGCGGUCUUAGUGGACAAUACCACGAAUUCAUCAUCAACCUAGUGGCUGGUACAAGCUGCCUACAGUCACGUGUAAAGUGGAGCCAGUCCAAAGUGCACGCCCGAGGAUUUUGCGUUCGCCUUUGAGCUUUUUCGAUCCAUCUCACACUUCAACCAACCAAGACCAUCCCGCCAUCGCGCGUUCACACCUUUGCUCAUCGAUCCAUCUAUCAGCAAAGUCAUUGUCGUAUGCGAUCAUCAGGGCCAUCUCCUCUUGACGCGUUUACAACCACCUUACUGUUCAUUGUUCCCGUUUCGCGACAUUAAGCAAACAAUGGCCGAAGAGGCACCUCAAGCAUCUGUCCUGCAGUCUGCGCCUGCGCCUGCAGAACCUCAACCAGCAGUCCCCGAGGUCGUACCUGCUCCUAAAGCUGAGGAGACAGCUACCACGAAUGGCGCAAUCUCCAAUGGUCCUGGGCCUAGCGCAGAAGUCGCGACGGACGCGCCAAAAGUUGAGGAUUCAUCUUCGAUCCCUGCUGCAGAUUCGACCGACGACAAACAAACAGCUGCUGACAAGGUCACACAAGACGAACCAUCAACAACACAAGAAGACGUCGAGAUGAAGGACGCUGCUCCUACCAGCGAUGCCGCUCCAGUUUCUGUUGAGUCUGCAGAGCCUGCUACUGAGACUCUUACUUCUACUGCCAAGCCUAAGGCUCCUCGCCGCAAAUCGGGCGGUGUCCCAGAACACAAGGGCAAGAAGCUCAACAAGAAGGCCUCUGCCGCAAAGAUGACACACAUCGACGCGCAACCUGGAGAUUACUUCUACGUCAGAUUGAAGGGGUAUCCCUUGUGGCCAGCAAUUAUUUGUGACGAGAGCAUGCUUCCGAACACCCUACUCAAGUCAAGACCUGUCACAGCAGCACGCCCCGAUGGCUCUUAUCGUGCCGAUUAUGAGGAUGGCGGUCCCAAGGCUAAGGAUCGCACAUUUCCAGUCAUGUAUCUGCACACAAAUGAAUUUGGAUGGAUUCCCAACUAUGAUCUUGUUGACCUCGACUUCGAAGAUGUCGGCAAUGUUACCGCUGGCAUGAGAAAGGACUUGACCGCUGCUCGUCAACUUGCAGCUGAAAAGCAUGAUCUGCCGUACUUCCAGACUCUCUUGAAGGAAUUUAUGGAAGCUCGAGAAGCUGAGCGCGCUGCGAAAGAAGCUGCUAAAGCUGAGAAGAAGGCCAAGAAGGCAGCAUCCAAGAAGGAAAAGAAGAGUGCGAAGGCCUUCACAGAGGAUGAUGAGGAUGUCGAGAUGGCAGAUGCUAUUGGAGAGCCGGACUCCGAGGAAGCAGAGGUAGAUGCCGAACCAGCCAAGCCAAAGAAGCGCAAGGCGGAAGACACCCCCCAACGUACAGAAUCCGUCAAGAAGCCUCGUCAAACCAUCAAGCUGAACACGCCUAAGACUACAAAUGGAACACCCAAACCCACGAAGGAAUCUGCCCCGAAAUCUGCGAAGUCUAAACCCAAGAAGGCUGCGAAAGUCGCUACCGAGACUCCAGAGGUAGUUGCGCAAAAGGAACCGGAACUCUCAGCUGAGGAAAAGCGAGCCAAGAAAGAGAAAGAGAUCUUGUUCCUUAGACACAAGCUCCAGAAGGGCCUCCUCACCCGCGAUCAGGCGCCAAAGGAAGAAGAGAUGAAAAGCAUGUCCGAAUUCGUCAGCAAACUCGAAGGCUAUGCGGACCUCGAAGUCAGCAUCAUCCGUGCUACGAAGAUCAACAAGGUUUUGAAGGCGAUCUUGAAGAUGCCGUCCAUUCCCAAGGAGGAGGAGUUCAAGUUCAAGACACGUUCUCAAUCUCUGCUUGACAAGUGGAACAAGCUCCUUGCCAGUGAGCAAGGGGAGCCAGAAGCCACUACCGCUGCUACCAACGGAAAUGCUACCGAAGCAAAGGCGGAGUCAGAGGACGCAAAGCCUUCCCCAACUGAGGUCACCAACGGCACAAAGGAAUCUUCUGCUGAUGAGAAGGCGGAAGAGAAGACCGAGGAGAAGCCUUCAGAGGGAGAAUUAGCUGCGCCACCAGCAGUAGAUGCGAAGGAAGUCCCUGCUGAGCCAGAAGCCAUCCCUCAACCAACUGAGGAGCCAGCAAAGGAUUCUGUUGCAGAGCCAACUCCAGUUGAAGCAUCUGCCUAAUUGAUAAUACUUGGUCCUCGGGGCGAAACACACAGUGAGCCUGGCUCAGAGCUCCAUAGGCUUGCUGUACCGGUCUUGGUUUACAAGACGGUAAAUUGAUGAGAAUCUGCAUUACGAUUGGUAUUAUUGGCAGUUUCCAGCAAACAGCGAGCGAAAAGCGAGUUCUGCAUCUGGGCUACGAUCUGGCUUCGCGAUUUCGCGUGUAACAUUAUGCGAUACAGAGUCUCUCUCUCUCUCCUGGCUCAUGCUGCUAAGCAUCAUCUUUGUACAAAUCCGAUUUUUCUAAAAUUGCACUGCGGUAAGGAUGAAGG